GGAAUGUGGUUGUGAAUUGCUGCUAUUUGUCCAGUUGGUCUAGAUAACCUCUAUUAAUUUUCGCUGUUUGCUGCUGUUUUGCUGGGAGCUCCAGCAACGAACUGAAGUCAAGUCUGGAAAACGGCUUCCCCAAAUGCCCCAGAUAGAACAACGUCAUCACUGCAACGCAGUGACCAGGGGUCUGGGCCUUUCCCCCGCAUUAGUCAUCCCCAGCUGGGGUAUCCAGGCCGUUGGAGCUUGCUCACCCCACCCAUUUCGACAACGGAAGAUCUUGACACAUCCAAGGACACCAUUGACCGUGGGCAAUUUCUGUAUAAGCUGAUACUUGGCUCUCGCAACUCACCAGCCUUACAGGCUCUUCAGUGUAAUCACAGGCCCCAUCAAAUACAAACCAUCUCUAUACUCGAUCGACAAUGGAACAGCAAAUACCCCUCUCCCACGAAGCCUCGGCCGGCGACACCAACAUGCGCAUCACCAACUCCCUCCCAACAGAAGUAGUCCAAUGCCUCGAAAACGCCCGCUUCCUCCACCUGGCCACCUGCCACGACAACGUCCCCCACGUCUCCCUCAUGAACUACACCUACCUCCCCUCCUCCCCAUACGGCAACAACCUCCCCGAAAUCGUCAUGACCACCAACCCCGCCUCCAAAAAGAUGAACAACCUCGCCGCCAACCCCAACGUUUCCCUCCUCGUCCAUGACUGGGUAUCCCACCGCCCAACCACAACCUCCCAAUCCCGCCGCCUCUCCAACGGCCACUCCCCCGCCCGCGCCGAUCCCCCCUCCUCCCUCGCAGCCCUCCUCUUCAAUCUCAACACCUCGGCCGUCUCCUCCAUCAGCGCGACCAUAAACGGGUCCGCUCGCCUGGUGGAGCGCGGCAGCGAGGAGGAGAAGUACUACCAGAAUAUCCACCUGGCCAAUAACACUUUUGAUUCCGCCGCUGGCCCGGCCGAGGAGAGCACAGCGAGGGAAGACGACGAGCGGGCGAGGUUACAUGAUGCGAGGGUGAUUGUGGUGGGGAUAAAGGACGUCAGGAUUGCGGAUUGGAAGGGCGCGGUAAGGGAUUGGGUGAUUUCGGGCGAGGGGGAGGAGAAUAGGGGGCAGGUUAAUGGGAUUUGAAAGUUGGGUAGCUUUGUAAAAGUGAUAAACUUGGGGAAUAGCAAGUGAGCGUAAUUUGGAUUC